AUGGACAACCUAUCUUCCACCUUCCUCGUCCUUUUCACCAUCUUCUUCGCACCGAGCAUGGCGCAAGACGGCUCGCCUAUGUCUUCGCCAACGUCCUCGACCACCGACGGCAUGCCUACCCACUCAGAUCAAGCUCACGACGGCGAUCAGGGAAAGUCUGACACCGUCAGCCUAGUGAACUACUACUUCGUCUUCCUCGCUCUCGUGGUCUGCUUCGCAGCCCUUGCGGCAUAUUUCAUGUACAAGAGAAAGAAGAAGUACGGAAUGAUCAUACGCCAGAGCAGGGAAGGCGCUCUGCAACGAGAUCUGAAUACGUGGGAUCCGAUUCGAGCAAGGAGACGAUACUGGCAGGGGAGAUGGCGGUCGGCGGAUCACAGCAGAGAGGAGGGCUUGAACGAAUUUGGCGAGGCACCACCACCAUACGUGCCCAAGUCAUCUGAGGGAGAACCUGGUCAGCAAAAUGUUACAAAUGGGCCUGCUGUGCCGCUUCAGACACUGUCUAGAGAACAGGCUGGAUUGAAGCCACCGGACUACACCGAGGCCCAUGUUCAAGCAGUGCCUGCCGAUACUGGUUCAUCGCCAACCAACCCCGACAACAACUCGAGAGAAGUUCAGCAUCCUCAGCCAACUCAGCCGUCUGAGCUGCAGCAUGAACAUGCUCCUUCGCAAGCUCCUCGAUACGGCUAG